UAUAGACGUGAGAGUCAGAGAAGAAGGCAAAAAAACAGAACAAUAUUGCUUUGCAGUAAGGAUAUGGUAUUUUGCGUAGCAAUUCUAUUCCUUUGUCAAAUCUCCUUACUCAAUCAAUCUCUUGCUUCAUAAUAUACUCUUCAAAUUAAGACUUUCAUAGAUACUUUUCUUCAAUUUAUCCGAAUCUUGAGUAAUAAUUCAUCUCUGGUUCAGCUGUUGUAAAAGUAAAACUCACUGAAACGUGAAAGAUGGGUGAUCAUUUAGCUUUACUGGUAAAUCGGUUGCUUACAGAAUCGACUAUACAUGCCGCGAUUGAGAGCAGAAAUCAAGCAACAAAGGAGGUAGAAAAUGGCGAAAAUUUCGAGCCGUCUAUGCCUAAUGAAGAUAAUGACGAUUGUCUAUCAUCUCCUAGGAAAUUGGUAGAGUGUAGGAUAUGCCAGGACGAGGAUUUUGAUUCUAAUUUGGAGACCCCUUGUUCUUGUUGCGGCAGCUUGAAGUAUGCUCAUCGCAGAUGUGUACAGAGGUGGUGCAACGAAAAAGGUGACACCAUGUGUGAAAUAUGCCACCAGCCAUUCAGACCAGGUUAUUCAGCUCCCCCACCUCUAUUUCGAUAUGGGCGCAUUCCAAUCAAUCUCAGGAGAAGUUGGCAGAUAAGCAGGAGAGAUUUAGUUGAGUCACAGUUGAUGCAAGAAGUUGCUACUGAUCAUGCUCUUCUGAAUUCUGACAUAGAGGAGCCUUCUUCAAGAAGUAUCUUAUUCCGUUUUACAGUAGCAGUAAUUUUCCUUGGCCUCCUGAUUUUACGGCAUACACUGCCAUUCAUGGUUGGUGGUGACAAUGAGUUUGUUCUUUCCCUAUUCAUCCUAGCAGCGAUACGAGUAUCAGGAAUUUUACUGCUUGUCUAUGUCACCAUGAUGGCGGUCACUGGAUUACGACGACAAAGUUACCAGGAUGAAACCUCUAGUGUACCGGAAACUUCUUCCGACGAAGAAGACGAGCAUCUAGAUUUGGAACAGCCUUCUCAUGUGAUACAAAUAUCAUAACUAAUUGCACAAACACCGUUUAUGCACUUCAUCUGGAGAUUGAUCUCAUCACUGUGAACGUGAUGAUGACGGUUUCAGCUAGUUUGGAUCAAUACUUCACUUGUAAAUACAUAGCAACCUGCAUAUGCAGAUACAAAUUCAGGGUAGAAGCAGAGAAUGUGCACACUGCAUAUGAAUACAUGAAGUCGGGUUGAGUUACUUAAUUUGAGUCAAGAAUAUAGCAAUAGAAGUCGGUAUGUAUAUAAAAAAUAUGAAAUCGAUGCUCCCACCUAACAAGGUUGAGGUGAUGGCUGUAGGUUUAGUCUCUCGUUUUCAACUAAUAUUCUGUUUCCUGCUAUGUUAUUUUUGCGGUAUAAAAAGCAAUAGGGUAUGAAAGUUGUAACAAAAAGCAUCCUAUAGAUAGUGUUGUUAUUACCUGUGUAUGCUGUAUAAAUCCACUUGUUUGUAUGCUAUAGGAAUGAAGUAUAUAUAUGGUGUGUGCCAGGGUUCCUGUA